AUGAUGAUGAUGCGCUCUCGUUCCGGAGAAGAAGGCGGCGGAGGAGGAAACUAUUUCCCAGGCGGAGCUGUAUCUCUGAACGAGACCAAUUUCAUGAAUUCCAAUUUCGACGACCCGGAAAGUGCGUCGAAGACGAAGAAGUUUAAUUCGAGAACGGGGAAAGCUUCGUCGGGAAACGCGAACGGGAAAGAUAAGAGCAGUUUGAAGCAUUCGAUGAUGAUGAAUAAAAGCUUAAAAUACGUCGGGGUAUUUCUCUUGCUGUGCGUGUUGACGAUUGCUUCGAGAACGUCAAAGACGAUUACGUUGGUCGUGUUAGCCUCGGUCGGGACGUUGGCGUUUGCGAAGUAUUUAUCCGCGUGGGUGUUGGAAAAAGACGAAGGGACGAUGGAGAUGAUUGAAGUGGCGGAUGCGAUACGGGCCGGUGCGAGUGGGUUUUUCUCCACGCAGUACGGGCUGAUUAGUAAACUCGCGGUGGUCUGCGCCGCGUUCGUGUUCUUUUUGUACGAGUUUAGACAAGUGACGCCGGAGCAAGAGAAGAGCGGGUUGACCAGUCACAGCGUGGCGAUAUUAACGACGGUGGCGUUUUUGUUGGGGGCGUUUUGCUCGGGGAUGAGUGGGUACGCUGGAAUGUGGGUAUCGGUGAGAGCGAAUUCGAGAGUGGCGGCGGCGAGUCGAAGAGGCUCGAGAGAGCCGCUGGUCAUCGCGUUGAGAGCGGGUGGAUUUGCCGCUUUAUUGGUGGUCGCGACGACGGUGUUAGGCGUGGCGAGCUUGUUCGCGGUGUAUUCGUGGUGGUACGGACUGACGAGUGCUGGGAUGAAAUCAGCCGGAGGAGGUGAUUCGGCGAGCGAAUCGAUUGAAAACGUGAUUGAGAUACCGCUGAUGUUAGUCGGUUACGGAUUCGGGGCGUCGUUCGUCGCGUUAUUCGCGCAGUUAGGUGGUGGGAUUUACACCAAAGCCGCGGAUGUAGGCGCAGAUUUGUGUGGCAAGGUGGAGAUGAAUAUUCCCGAGGACGAUCCGAGGAAUCCUGCGGUGAUUGCCGAUUUGGUUGGAGACAACGUCGGGGAUUGCGCCGCCAGAGGCGCGGAUUUGUUCGAGUCCAUCGCGGCGGAGAUCAUUUCAGCGAUGAUUUUAGGCGCAACCGUGGUGAGAAGAUCCGAUAUGAGCGUCGUCGAAGCAAAGGGUUUCGUGUUGUUCCCACUGGUGGUUCACGCGAUGGAUUGCUUUGCCUCGGCGAUUGGCAUUCUGUCCGUUUCUGAGAUCGAGCCGAGAUACAAGCAGGAACCGUAUUCAGUGUUGAAGAGAGGGUAUAACGUGGCGUUGGCGAUUGCGGUGGUGUGUUUUGGUAUCGCAUGCAGAUGUAUGUUGUAUACGGAGAAAGCCGAGGACGCUUGGAAGUAUUUCUACGCGUGUGGUAUAGUUGGCAUUUUGUGCGGAUACUGCUUCGUGUUCAUCGCGCAGUUUUACACCGAUUACGCGUUUCCGCCAGUCAGAAAGAUUGCCGAAGCGAGUACGACUGGCAGUGGCACAAAUGUCAUCGCUGGUGUUGGUGUUGGUCUCGAAGCGACCGCGGCGCCCGUUAUUGUGGUUUCCAUUGCCGUCGUCGCGGCGUAUCAUUUAGGGCAAAAUGCCGGAUUAGUUGAUGAAAACUCGGACGAACCGAUUGGCGGUUUGUUUGGUACCGCGGUUGCGACGAUGGGAAUGCUCUCCACCGCAGCCUACGUCUUGACCAUGGACGUGUUCGGCCCGAUCGCAGAUAACGCCGGCGGUAUCGUAGAAAUGUCCAACCAACCAGACUCGGUUCGAGACGUGUGCGACGAGCUAGACGCCGUAGGAAACACGACGAAAGCGACAACGAAAGGGUACGCGAUUGGUUCCGCCGCCUUGGCGUCGUUUUUACUCUUCUCCGCGUUCAUGGACGAAGUUUCCGCGUUUACCGGUCAAGCGUUUUCCACCGUAGAUAUUUGCAUCCCAGAAGUGUUCAUCAGUGGUUUGCUUGGCUCUAUGUUGGUAUAUUUAUUCUCCUCGUUCGCGAUCGCGGCGGUCGGGAAAUCGGCGCAAGACGUCGUCAAAGAAGUUCGACGACAGUUUGCGGAGAAUCCUGGAAUCAUGACGUACGAUACGAAGCCAGAUUACGAACGGUGCGUCUCGAUUGUGGCGAAAUCGGCGUUACGAGGUAUGGUUAAACCAGGUGUCGUCGCCGUUUCUGGACCACUCAUCACAGGCAUUAUAUUUCGACGCAUCGGCAUAGCCUCCGGUCGCGAGUUACUCGGCGCGAAGUGCGUCGCGAGUUUUCUCAUGUUUGCCACCGCGAGCGGGAUUUUGAUGGCAUUGUUUUUGAACACCGCCGGAGGAGCGUGGGAUAACGCCAAGAAAUACGUGGAAACUGGAUUCGGAGGAGGGAAAGGGAGCGAAACGCACAAAGCGGCGGUCACGGGAGACACCGUGGGUGAUCCAUUUAAGGAUACGGCUGGACCGAGUAUCCAUGUGUUAAUUAAAAUGCUCGCGACGAUUACGUUAGUUGCUGCGCCUAUGUUUCUCGAUUAA